AUGACAUCGCCAACGCUUCGUCUAGCGGCCCAGCAUUUCGCCUCUCUGCCUCCGCCUCGCAACUAUCCUGCUCCUGCCGCGCCUGCGUCUCAACCGCUUCGCCAGCAGUGUUUCUCGUCCCCUCCAGCCAGUUUUGAGUCGCCGUCAUCGCGCGCCGCCACACAGAAGGCAUCCCCGCGAAAUUCUCCUCUGUCGUCCCUUUGGCGGGCUGUCGCUCUCCCUUCGCCUGAACCGUCUUCAUUUCGUUCUUCUCCGACGUGGGCUGCUUCCUCGUGGCGCGCCGCUUUUUCGCACUCCUCGCUGACGCCUUCGAGCCUGCCUGCGCACCGACGUGCGACUGCGCCUGAGACUGCCUCUUCGUUUCUGCGGAGCCGCGCGUGGGUGUCUGCUCCCCUGAGACCCCUACCUGCCCACACUCCUGCACCGACCUCUCUCUGCUGGCUGCUGCAGUCUGCGGAGCGACCUUCGCUCAGCUUCGCGGCUCGCGCCUCCUCCUCGCUCAACUGGCCCCGCGCCCGCCGGCUCGCGCCAGCUCCUCCUCUGCCUCCGGCGUUAACCGCGGCGACUCCGCGGCUCGUCGCACGCCCACUCGCUCUCACAGCCCGACACGUCUUCUCUAGCUGGCGUGCUCGCUCCACGUCGCCCCGUCUCCCUUCCUCCUCCUCCUAUUCCUCCUCCUAUUCCUCCGUCUCCUAUUCCUCCUCUCUGCGGCCGUCUUCCACCUCGCCUGCCCUUCGACAGGCGUUCCUCUCCGCUCCCUUCUCGACUUCCUUCUCGCCGACUGCGAUGAGCCGCCGCCGCUUCGCGCCCUCAGGGCAGGCGGAGAGCACCAGCCCGCCGUCGGACUCCCGCUCCGCGUCCUCGAGCGCUGCCUCGUCCGCCGCUUCGCAAGGGAGCCACGCGCCGCGCGCGGACAGGUCUCGUCGCGGCCGCGGCGAGCCGCGUGCCUCGUCAUCUCACUCUGCGUCGCCGCACAACGGCUCCGCCCCGCUGCGGAGUUCGCCGUCUCCCUCCACGUCUGCUGCGCCCGGCGCCCAGGCGUCGUUCGCGACCGCGGCGGUACAGCCGCUGCGGUCGUCGCCCUCCGCGACGUCUCUCUCUGGGCGCCAGGCGUCCACGGGCGCCGCGCCGACGCCUGUGCUGCUCCCCUCGGCCUCCGCGCCGCUGCUCGCUGCGACGCCGCAGCCUGCGCCGGCGGCGCCGCAAGGCAGCGACAGAAAUGCCGCGCUCGAGAAACUCUUUGGCGGCAUGGGCAACGCGCAGUUCAACAAAUACAUCCUCGAUGAAGAGAACGUGCUGCACUUUUACGGAAUCCGACAAGCGGUCCUACGGCCCGUCGUUCACGAAGACUGUCGUCGAGGCGGACCCGCGGCCGCCACGGCUCCGCCCGCGACCAGCCGCCGAAACAAAGAAGCGAACGCGCAGAAUCAAAUGUUUCGAGUUUCGCUCUCCUGGACUAUCUCAGGAAAGAGAAAAGUCGAAACUGAGGGCGUCGGCCGGUCGAAAAAGGAUGCGAAGAAAGACGCAGUCAAAACGCUGCUCGCGCAACUCGGACCUGUCACUCUACACGAGUACGAACAAGUCACGAGGUGCCUCUUCUCGUCGCUACGAGGGAAGAUUCAAGGCAAACAGUCGUCGUAUCCCGCAGGCUGUGAACAUCGCUUUGUUUGGACCUUCAUGAGCGGCGGGGAGGAAGUGAAGAUCGACUCGGUCGGUCGUGGCCAUAGCGCCACGGAAGCGGAGAUUGGAGCGAUGCAGGACAUGUAUCUCAAAGUUCUCAAGUAUCGAGACUGCCAGACAGAAGAGCGCGAGAAGAUCAACCGGCAGGUGUCGCAGGCGCGCCAGCAGCAGGCGGCGGAGAGUCGGAAGGCCGCGAGUCAGAGCCCGCAGCUUGCCAAGCAGGACGCCGGCGAAAUCAACCAGCAGCACCACAACCUGACGACCAGGAAUCAAAUCAAGCCGACAGAAAUGAUCUCCAUGUCCGCUGAGGGCUACCGUUGCAAUCUGCAGUGGCGGUGGACUGGUCGCGACGGCCGCAGUCGAACGCUGUCGUGCGUCGGGAUUGGACUUUCGAAGCCGCUGGCGCGCGCCAGCGCCGCGCUGCAGAUGAUGGGGCUUGCGGGCUUUGUUCAGCCUGUGAACGCGCAUGACAGACAGGCAGCUCGCGCGCUUGUCAACCUCGUCACCGAGCGCCCGGAUGGCAAGACCUACGUCUCGAAGGCCUGCACGCUGCUCGAGGCCACGACCAGCGGCGUCUGGCGCCUCUUCUUGCCGACUGUGUGGCGGGCGGCGCUGGCGGAGAACGAACGCUCCCUCGUGGACGCGCUGCUCAACACGAUGAAGAAAGUCACCGCCGCCUCCACGCCCUCUUCCGCUGCGGAGAACGAAGUGGCUUCUUCGGCGCCUUCGCCGUUGCCCUCUGAGGACGGGCGCGCGAUGCCGCCCGACCUGUGGGAGCAGCUCCUCGACGAGUGCACUGUGCUCACCAACUGCACCUUUGGUCAGGCCGUUCUGCAUGAGCUGGGUGACCUCCACCUAGAUCAGAGCUACUUUCCGUCGCCGCUGGCGAAGCACUACUUCCAGAAUUAUCGCUUGAUGCUCGCGCUGGAGUGGCAGGCUCAGCUCGCGGCUGGCAUAGAGGACCGCAAGGCCUAUGGAGACCUCUUCGAAGGGAAGCACAUGACUCUCAACUGCAAGUCUGCCGUCAUGCCAAUCUUCUCUCUCGGCACGGCCCUAAAAACGGAGGACCGCGAAUUCCUCGCGAACGUGCAGUUCAGAGAGGACGACUGUGUGCUGCUGCGCCCGUACGAUGAGCAGAGGGGCUCCGAAGACACCUGGCGAAAGUGUUUCGUGGGCGUGGUGACGAGUGUGAAGAACGACGGCGCGAACUUCAACGUGAACGUCCGCCUGGCCUCCGGCGAGGGCGCCAAGCACCCCGACAUCCUCACCUGCCGCAAGUUCAAGUUGUACCACCUGACGCCAGCGGUGACGCACGACCGCAUGGUGGAGGCGCUGCGGAGUCUGACGAUGCACCGGAUGCCGAUCACGCAAUCAACGUCGUCGUACGCGUUCACGCCUGAGAUUCGCUACUUGCUGCUGCACACUGGCGAAGGUCCUGCGAAGGAAGUGGCUAGCCGCGGUCCUGUCCCCGUUUUGAGCGACGUCGACCCGGCUCUGUUUGAUCCGCUGCAUCGCCUGAACGAGCUCGCGGACGCCCAGGCGGCAGCGGCGGGCGGCGCCGCUGCGUUUGGCGUGCCGCGCGAGGAUGCCGCGGGGUUUGGCGCGGCGGCGGCGCAGAACUCCAAGAAGCAACGUGUGCAGCAGUCGAGCGCAGUCGGCUACCCCCAUGCGUCGCCCCUUCUCUCGCAAGUCGCGCUCCAGGCGCGGAAUCAGCUGGAAGCGGACAAAAGUUCGUUUUCAACGAUGCCGCGCGAAGUCAACUACGACGACAUCAUCCUCCCGACCGACUUGCCGCUGACAGGGCCUCAGAAGGCUGCGUGUCUCUCUGCGCUGACUAACCGGCUCACGUUGGUGCAAGGUCCGCCCGGUACUGGGAAGACGCAUGUGGCGUGCGCGAUCAUUGACGCCUGGCAGCGGAACGACCCUACCAAGAAAAUCCUUGCCGUCGCGGACAGCAAUGUUGCUGCGGACAACUUGAUGGAGGGUUUGAGUGCGCGUGGAAUUCGAAGCGUGCGCGUCGGUAACGGGAGUGAAUCCGAUCUUCAAGAGGAAGCUAUUGCUGACUUGGGGCGCUACCGCGACUACCUGCGUCUGAAGCAGAACGGGAUGUUUGGCGAGGCGAAGACCGUCCGCAUGGCGCUCUUCAGAGAAGCAGUCCGCCGGCAGCCCGUCAUCAUCGCCACCUGCGUGGGCAGCGGACACGAGAUGUUUGACGACCUCGUUUUCUCGCGAGUCAUCAUCGACGAAGGCGCGCAGGCCAUUGAGCCGUCAAAUUUGAUUCCGCUGGCGCACGGAUGCCGCAACUUCGUUCUCAUCGGCGACCACAAACAGCUGCCCCCGACCAUCCUCUCGCCCGAGGCAGCCGCGCGCGGGCUCGACGUGUCGCUUUUGGAGCGUUUCGUGAGUAGUGGCAUCGCCCCCAUUCACCUCCUGGAUGAGCAGCGACGCAUGCAUCCGUCGAUUGCGUACUUUCCCAAUCUCCAGUUCUACGAGGGAAAAAUUCAAAGCAGAGACGUAGACGACCGGAAUCGCCCCGUCGUCGCGGGGUUCCGCUGGCCUUCGCAGCACAGUCGCGUCUGCCUCGUGGACAUCUCCGCGGCCGGUCUCUCCGGGGCGGAGGCUUCUCAAGGGACUUCGAAGUACAGCUUGGCAGAAAUCGAUCCCAUUGUCGCCAUCCUGCAGUCGGUGGCAAACGAAGGCAGCGUCCUUCCUUCUCAGAUCGGCGUCCUCACGCCCUACGACGCGCAGAAGGCUCGCCUGAGGAAAGCGAUCAACGAGACUUUCGAGCCGCCGGCCUGCUACCAUAUUGAAGUAGACAGCGUGGACGGCUUCCAGGGCAAAGAGAAGGACUUGAUUAUUUUCAGCGCAGUCCGCUCAAACCCGCGAGGAGAAAUCGGUUUCCUCCGCGACCCCCGACGCAUGAAUGUCAUGCUGACUCGAGCGAAGCGCGGCGUCAUCGUCAUCGGCGAUCAGCUAACGCUCUGGAACGACCUAGAGAACUGGCGCCCGUGGAUUCAGUGGGUCGGAAGCAUGCGCUCAAUCAUUCCGAUUACGCGGCUGAACGAUCACCUGGAAACCCCGGGCUAUGUGUUGCCUUCGCUGCAAAAGAGUCCUAGCGGAAACGUGUUGCAUCGCUCGGCGUCGCACGCCUCGCGCCUGGGCUUCGCGGGCGGGACUUCGGGCGCCGUGGGCGCGCGGGCUGGCGGCGGGGCUGCUACCCAGGUCUUCGUGCCCCAGGGCUUCCAGUGCGACUUUGACACCAGGCGCUCCUCGCAGAUGCCGCCCGAAACCCAGGGAACGGUGACUAAGAAAGCCGCAGAAGAGGAAGAAGAAAGAGAGAAGCAGCGCGAGGUACCGGAAGACUGGGAAGAGUUGCUGUGA